GUUGCAGCGCGCGCACGUUUGAAAGGUGAGAAGAUCUUUAGUCCUAGGUCUCUGAAUGGCAGUGCUUCAAGCCUCUGCUCCAAUUCUAGGGUUCACUUGAAAGCUCCCAAACAGUAAGUAGGAAUCCCAAUGGUGGUUCUGUAAAUCAGUUGUCAUGUUCCGAUCGUUUUGGCGGUCGGUUGAUCGCUUCUCUCUCCAACGCUUCAGAUACCUAAUCAAUGAACUCCAAGAGAUCAAAUUUGUUGACAGGCAGAACAGGGAGUUCGUUUUAGAAAUACUGAGAUCUAUUGUAGAAAUAGUCACCUAUGGUGAUCGUCAUGACCCAUCAAUUUUUGAAUGUUUCAUGGAAUAUCAACUUUUAGCAGAGUUCCUUCGGAUACUAAAAAUUGAUAGAAAUGCAAGCAUUGAGGCACCAUUUCUUCACUAUCUAAGCAUAAUGAUCCAAAAUUUGGCUAGUGAUCAUUCAAUUUACUAUUGUUUUAGCAAUGAAUAUAUUAACAAAAUCAUACUGCAUCCUUACAAGUUUGAUGGUGGUGGAGAUCUGGCUCUCUAUUAUGUAUCCUUUUUAAGAACUGUGAGUGGAAAACUGAACAAAGAUACUCUCUGUCUUCUUGUAAAGGUUCAAGAGGAUGUUGUAGUCUCAUUUCCAUUGUACAGUGAGGCUAUUAAAUUUGCUACUCAUGAAGAAAAGAUGAUUCAGAUUGCAGUACGUGCAUUAAGUCUCAAUAUAUAUAAUGUUGCUGAUGAAAUGGUCCAUAGAUACAUAACUACUCCUCCAGCCUCAGAGUAUUUCCUUGACAUGGUCUUGAACUUGAGAGAGCAUUGCUACCGUAUAGAUGCCGUAGUUCAUGCUACCAAGGAUACUUACCCUCAUGGUUUGAGAAAAGGAUUACUUCUGCAAACUGAGAAGGUUGUGGAUGAUCUCUACUACUGCAAGGACAUUCUACUAGUAGGCAACUCCCAUUUGAAUAUAUUGAUGACCCAAAAUAUUCUCAGCAUAUUGGUUGUACCCAUGCUGUUACCAUUGCUGCAGUUAGGCCAGAUAAACCAGGCCAGCUGCAGUCAAUCUUUUGAUCCAUCUCCUACAUGUCAGGAUACACAUAUAUCUGCUAUUACUUCUCUGUAUAUGGUUUGUUGUCUUGUUCAAAUUGUUGGUGGAAAAUGGUUGGUGAACUCAGUGGCUGUUGCUGUUCUAUACACUUAUAUGGUCUUGAGUGGGAGAGUUUCAACUGAAAGGACCCCAACCAGUGGUACCAGUCCUGCUACUACUUUUUUCGGCAUUCUAAAUGAACUGGAAGAAAUCAGGUCCGACCUUAAUUCUGAAGGAACAGAAAACAGUGAUAAAAAUCAUAUCUUUGGGCAUUUUUCUGAGUACAUUUCAUCUAGUUUUCAGUUUGUCAACUGCACAACGGAUGAGGCACAACAAGAAAGGGAUACAAUACUUUUACUGGGUCUCUCUGAUAAUUACAGUCUACUGCUUGCAUCUUUGAUGCUAUUGCUUGUUUUAUCCGAAAGUAAAGAUCUCCAUUCUCAUAUCUCUUCUAUGAUUGGAUUCACCCAAAAGAACACUGGGAUGGAGGAGCAGAUGAUGUCCUCCGGCAUCUUACUCUCACAUUCAAUGGAUAGAUAUAUAUUUGCAUGUCAGAUUCCUCAGAUCUUCAAUGCACUACUGAAGGUUUUGGCCAGCCAACCGGCAUAUUCAGCAUCAGCACAAUGGAAUACAGGGUGGGUGGUGCGACGGUUAUUGAUUUUCCACGAAAAAAAGUUGACUGACCAUGAUUUUGAUCUAUUCAAUAUUUCUUAUGAGCGGUCCCGUGAAAGGCUUCUUAAUGAGCUCAGUGGCUGCUGGUUUGAUUGUAUCCCAAUUGCUUUGAAGAAUGAAUGGGAAAAAUGUAAAACAGUGCUUGAGGAAUCAUCACUAUUUAAGGAUCCAGCUUUUGCGGUGGAGCUUUCUUUCAACAGCCAUGUGCUUGACAUUGCAGGGGAUGUGUCUUCUACUCUAGCCUGGGAGAGGAUGAUCGAUGCUGUCAAGGUUUUUGUUCUCCAUCAUCAGCUCAAGGCAUUUAUCGAGGGAGGUUCUCUAGAGAAUCCUUUACUACACUCCAGAAAUAAUUCUUUUGGAAUUUCAAGAAGAACCAAAAGUUAUGAUUUUUUUUCUUCAACAUUUGGGACAGAGCUUGGCCUAGGGCCUAGAAUUCUUUGCAAAAUUGCAUUUUCCAAAACCCGGGUGAUGGAUAUUUACCUGAUUCCAGUGGUGAAGGACAUCUCAGGCAUACUGCUUCUUGUGGAGAAACCUCCCCUUCCUUCUCAGCUGGGAGAUAUAAUUGCUGUUUCUCCAUUGGCAGGGCUGUGUCCGAAAGUAGAUGAGAACCAUCCAACAUGGUUGCAUCUGAGAAUAAGGGAGUUUGAUCUGGGAAUGGAGGCAAGUAAAGCCAGCAGGCAUCCCUCCAAUGCUUCUGACCAUGAGGUGGAUGGAAGAUGGACUCUUGGUUUUCCGGAUGCCAAGUCAUGUGAGGCUGCUCAAUCAUUGUUACUGGAAGAAAUUUGCAAGCAAAAAUCCUCAGUUGAAAGUGUGGUUAUUCCAUUAUUCCAAAACGACUCUGGAAGCUUGACAGAUUACCACAAGAAUUGAAGAUCUCCCCCCCCCCCCCUCCCCCAUCAAACUUUUUGUUCUCCUGGCUUAUUUACAUUUUCUGGCACAUGUAACUCAACGACUAGAUUUGUAGCUUAUUCAUUAUUAAGUUUAAACAACAGGAUCUGACAGCUGUAUUUUCAAGUAAUGGAUAGGUUCUUACAUCAAAUGAAGGAAAGAAAUUUUGUACAAAAGAUAUGGUUCAUCAUGA